CCGCGUCAGACACGUGAACUUGAACCCCGCCGCCAUGUCGACGGCGCGAAACAGAGCGCGCGACUCGCCACGCCCGCGCGACUCGCCGCGGCUGCGCGGCCCAGAUCCGGCGCUGACCGACGACCCGGACGACAUUGAGCUCGAGGCUGAGAUGUCUGACGCGGUCGGCGCCGCCGCCCAGGCAGAGGAGGAGGCGCCGCUGCUGGUUAAUCCUGCGUCGCCAUCGGCAUCCCGGCCCUUGGCGCGUCCAAGGCGAAAGCCCGCGUCCAAGCACUGGUGGACAAUCUGCGGGACAAAGCUUCCCCGCUCGCUCGUGCUUCUUAUCGCGGUGCCUUCGCUGCUCGUCGUCGCAGUUAUCCUUGAGCGAAGACGGCAUCGGCCGUCGGUACCGGCUCUGCCGACGCUGUCGAACGGCACACACCCUUUCCACCCAACUACGCUCGUCGUCUCGAUCGACGGCUUCAGGCCGCAGUACCUCGCGUCGCAUGCCGAGCUCGUGCCAAACUUGCUUGCGCUAGGACAGGCAGAGCACGGGCUGCGUGCGGCGUCGAUGCAGCCCGUGUUCCCGACGCUCACGUUCCCCAACCAUUGGGCCCUCCUCACCGGCCUGUACCCCGAGUCGCACGGCAUCAUCGCCAACGACUUUUACGCCCCAGACCUCAAGGGCGAGUUCCGCUACUCGAGCAAGGACAGCUGGGACCCCAGCUGGUGGUGGGGCGAGCCCAUGUGGAGCGUCGCGGAGCGCGGCGGACGCAAGGCGCUCAACAUCAUGUGGCCUGGGCCUCCGACAAUGGGGAACGGGGUAUCGCCGAGCUACUUUGUGCCGUACAAGGACAAAUCCACGCCCAGCGACAAGCUGGACCAGGUGCUGCAUUACCUCGAUAUGCCGCUCGAGAAACGACCGUCGCUGCUACUGGCUUACAUCCCGGACGUGGACAAGGCGGGCCACAAGGGAGGGCCAGAGUCGGCAGACGUCGAGCGUGCCAUGGAACGAUCAGACAAGUUUAUCGGCGAUCUCGUUUCGGCACUCGAUGCGCGAAACCUCUCGCAGAUUGUCGAUCUGAUCGUUGUAUCGGAUCAUGGCAUGGCAGCGACAAGCAAGCACAGACUGGUCUUUCUCGACGACAUCCUCGGUGAAGACUACAAGGACGUCGAGUUCAAGGAUGGCUGGCCUGCAUACGGACUGCGGUUCAAAGCCGGCAGCGACGUCGACGCCCACCUUGCCAAGCUGGAGGCUGCAGCCAAGGAGAGCAACGGGACAUUUGCAGCGUAUACCCACGACACGAUGCCCGAGCGGUGGCACUUUAGUAGCGGCGAGCGUGUCGCCCCCAUCUACCUGGUCCCCGCCCUCGGCUGGGUGAUCACAGAUCAUGAAGAGUACGAGCGCCAUGGUGGCGACGAGCUGCCUAUCAAAGGCUGCCACGGCUAUGACAACGAGCUGCCAGAAAUGCAGGCGAUAUUCUUCGCCCACGGGCCGUUCGCGACACGGGUCAAGGCCAAGGCGAAGCUGGCGACGCGGCAAAGCGACGCCCGUGACGUCUCGGUUUGGCGACCCGGAGAUACACCAGGCUGGGAGUCGACGAGCCCGGCGAUCAUGAAGCCCUUCCCCAACCUCGAGCUGUUCAGCCUCGUCAUGCGCCUCCAACAACUAGAGAACAUUGCACCCCCGACCAACGCGUCGGCGUCCUUUUGGGAUUCACACUUCCCCGACCCGCUGUCCAAUAUCCGCCCAGUGCUCUACGCGUCCACGCGCCGCCGGCGCCCCUCAAACUCGCCAUACUCGGCCGUCGAGUUCCCCGUGACCACCACGCCGCGCGGAGACGAGCUCGAGCUCGCGUACACUAUGCACCGCGAGCGCGUGGACGUUACCAACCACCGGUUCUGGGCCACAACCAACACCGACUUCCAGGCCCAAAUGGCUGCCCGUCUCGCGACCCUCCCGCCCGCGUCCGACCCCCCCACGCCCGAGGACGAGGCCGCUCGUGAAGCCGUCCUCGCUCAGUUUUACCGCGACUGGCAGGUCGGCAAUCGCGACCGAAUGAACAAGUGGGUCAAGGCGUGGUGGAGCGAUAUCUGGACAGACAUCAAGCUCCAAGCACGCGUGUACGUCACAAGGGCCUUGAGGAAAUGA